CGGCCGGGCUGUGGCGCUGCAGUCGAGUCUUGGUGCUCAGUCCACGGGACUCCGCGGACACGCGGGGGUACUUGUACUGCCUCCGGGAACACCAGGCUGCCUGGUUCCGACCGUACCCCACUGGGAGGCCUCGGUCAUGUUCUUCAGGGCCCAGGUGAGGCGAGCUCUUCAGCGAGUGCCCGGCAAGCAGCGAUUCGGCAUCUACAGAUUCCUGCCCUUCUUUUUUGUCCUGGGAGGAGCGAUGGAGUGGAUCAUGAUUAAAGUGCGCGUGGGCCAGGAGACCUUCUAUGAUGUCUACCGUAGAAAAGCUUCAGAAAGACAGUAUCAGAGAAGGCUGGAAGAUACAUCAGAAACCAAUCUUCAUAAAUAAUAAAGUAAAUAUGAAUUUUCA